CUUCAACGCACAACAUGUUGACUGCGACUCUGCAACGCCGAUUGUACCGCGUGGCCACAUCGGCAGCGGCGGCGACCCUGACUGCGACCACACUGCCGGCCGUGUCUGCCGGGCGCCAGCCGCGAGCUAUGGUGGCAGCAGCAGCAGGAGCAGCAGGAUUGGGAUUGCGCUCCAACAAUCCGCUUGACGUGAUGCAGUCGAGAUUGCUGACGACGAGUGCCGCGGUUGCGCGCUCGCACCACCACACGACGACGCACACCAAGCCAGCGAACGAGCCCGGAGCCAAGCAGCGGUCGGCGCCAGGCGUCGCGGUCGUGCCAGGCAGCGCGGAGAGCGGCGUCCCGGUCUUCCAAUCUGCGUCGCUGGCCGACAUUACCAUCCCGGAGGUCUCGCUGGCUGACUUUGUCGGCCACAUCAUCAAGUCGCGCGUUGCAUCGACGCCAGACAGGGUCAUCCUGUCGAACGCAUUCACGGGCCAGGACCUCACGUACAAGGAGCUGCACGACAACAUUGAAGCGACUGCGCAAGGUCUCUCCUCGCCGCUGGUUGGCGUUCGCGAUGGCGACGUUAUUGGCAUGCUGCUGCCCAACUCGUUCGAGUUUUACUACUCGCUGCUUGGCAGCGCUUCUCUCGGAGCGACCACCACGUUGAUCAAUCCGGGAUACGAGCCUCGCGAAGUCGCCUUCCAGCUCAAGGACAGCGGAGCCAAGGUCCUCAUCACGUCCGCCGCGCUUUUGGACACUGUGCACGCCGUCAUUAACAACGCCAAGGAGUACGGUGUCGAGCUCACGCACGUCGUUGUGGUUGGCGACGGUCAUGGCCACCGGCACGAGCAGCACCACGGCAAGGGCAACCCGACGCACGCUCAUGUUGCGCCCGUGGUCGCCCAGCACCGCCGCGAGCAUCCGCACGCCAAGGUUCAAGAUCCUUCGGCAAGCGUUGAGAUGGUCCCAUUCCAGAAGCUGAUGGAGACGGGCGCGCUUGCGAACAAGCCCUACCCCAAGCCGCACGUGAAUGUUUUCCGCGACGUCCUGGUUCUGCCGUACAGCUCUGGAACGACUGGGUUGCCCAAGGGUGUUUGCCUCUCCAACCGGAACAUUGUUGGUAACAUUUUGCAGUUCUCGGCGCUCGAGCAGCAUCUUGAUGGCAAAAAGGACGUCUUUAUUGGCAUUCUUCCGUAUUACCACAUUUAUGGCUUCAUGAUUGCACUCGUGGCCCUCUACCGCGACAUCAAGCUCGUGGUCAUGCCAAAGUUUGACCUUCCCACUUUCCUCGACUCUCUUGGCAAGCACAAAGUGACUGUGGCGCAUGUGGCCCCGCCGGUUGUUGUCGCGCUCGCCAAGCACCCGUUGGUGGACAAGUACAAGUUCCCGCAGUUGCGUCAGCUGUUUAGCGGUGCUGCGCCUCUCAGCCACGACAUGGAGAUGCAAGUCAUCCAACGUCUCAAAGUCCAAGUCAAGCAGGCGUACGGCAUGACCGAAACAUCACCAAUGGCGGCCCUGACUCCAGACCAUCUCAUCAAGCAAGGCUCUGUCGGUCCCCUUGGCCCCAACACGAAAGCCAAGGUGUUUGACCACGGCACUGGCAAGUUUGUCGGUGUCAACCAGGAGGGUGAAAUUCUGCUCAAGGGUCCUCAGGUCAUGCUGGGCUAUUGGCAACGUCCGGAAGCCACGGCAGCGACCAUUGAUGACGAGGGCUACUUGCACACCGGCGACAUUGGCCGAUUCGACGAGGACGGCUACCUGUACAUUGUCGACCGCGUCAAAGAGCUCAUCAAAGUCAAGGGUUUCCAAGUGGCGCCCGCCGAGCUGGAAGGUAUCCUGCUCUCCCAUCCUGGCGUGGCGGAUGCGGCAGUCGUGCCCAAGGACGACGAGCGACACGGCGAGUUGCCCGUUGCUUUCGUUGUCAAGAAGCAGACGCAUGCUCACGUGGCUGACCACGAACUGGCCAAGUUUGUCGAAGGCCAAGUUGCCACGCACAAGCGCUUGCAGGGUGGCGUUCGCUUUGUCGAAGCCAUCCCGAAGUCUCCCAGCGGCAAGAUUCUUCGCCGCAUCCUUCGUGACCAGCUCAAAGCCGAAGCCUCUGCUGCGUCUGCUUCCACGUCAAAGCCCUAAAGCUGUCAUUGCGUGAUUUCUUGAUGAUCACCAAUUCCUCCACCGCAAUAAAAUGUCAACGAAUA